CGCCCCUCAGCGCCGCAUCCACCCGCCUCGGUCCAUCAGUGCCUCGGCGCCUCAGCGGCCGGCUGCGGUCUCUCAGUGCCCCGCCUCGGUCCCUCAGCGCCUCAUCGACCAGCCUCGGUCCCUCAGUGCCCGACCUCGGUCCAUGAGUUUGCCUCAGUCCCUCGGCGGGUUAUUCUGCCUUAGCCCCUCACCGUCCCUCAUCCCGCCUCAGCCCCUGAACCCCUCAGUCCGCCUCGGUCCUCCAGUGCCUCCCUAUCAGCCCUUCAGCGCCUCAGUCCCUCGGUCCCUUCGCGGAUCUUUCGCCGACCCUAAGUGCCCUCCCGCCACGGCCCGCCUCAGCACCGCGCCUCGGUCCCUCAGUUCAUUCUGCCUCAGCCCCUCACCGCCUCCUCUCAGUCCCUCAUCCCGCCUCAGCCCCUCAUCCCGCCUCAGCCCCUCAUCCCGCCUCAACCCCUCAGCGCCCUCCCGUCGCCGUCCCGUCUCAGCGGUCUCGGUCCCUCACUGCUCCCCCUCAGCUCCUCACCACCACACCUCGGUCCCCCAGCCUCUCACCGCCUUCCCUUCACAGUCCCGCUACAGAACCCCAGGGCUGUUAGGGUUGGAAGGGACCUCUGGAAAUCAUCCAGUUCAUCCCCCCUGCCCAGGCAGGGUCACCUGAAGCAGAUGACACAGGAACGCGUCCAGAUUGAACCAGAAGCCAGUGAGAGCUUUACAGACCAUCCUUCAAUGCAAACCAUUUAGGAACUGCUGGAGUCCCAAGAAUCCCAGCUGUGCAGAGCUGUUUGAACCCUGGGACUGAAAGCUAAUCAGCAAAGAGGAGAACCAGGUGUGCUGCAUUUCCCUCGGGAGGGCAGCAGGUGACCUCGCGCGGCUUUGCAGCGACAUCUCGUGGCCUGACUCACCUGGAGCCGUGUCAGGGAUUCCUCUUCCAGGGUGGAGAAAGUCUCGUGUGGAUUGAGUCGAAUAUUUCGUACAGUGAGGAGGUAGGAUGCCAUUUGAAAACCACGUCAUUGAGUGUGUUUAAUUAGUGCUCCUUGUUCCCCCAGGAUAGACAUCUUCCUCAUGUGCUCCCGAGGAGUCAUGCUGCAAGGAGACAGCACCGGCUUUGCUGGGAUUGCAGUGGAUGAUGCAGUGUGACCUCCUCCCGUGUCUCCUGUUGCCCCAAAAUGAACAGGAGUGCCUGGUCCUCUGUAUCCCUUUUCCUUACUGAACUGUGCAACAUCCUGCUGACAGCAGGGCUCUGCUCAGCCCCCAGCACUAUUUCUGACCAGUAUGGACAAAAGGGGUGGGAAAACAAAGAGCUUUUCUUCAGGUAGUCUUGUAACCUGAUCUAUAGGGUGACUCAGCCCCUUGGAACAACAGCUGUCUCAGGGAGGUACAGUGCUUUGGGUGCAGCAUCGAGGGCUGUGCUGCCACUUCCUGAUUUCUGCCUUGAGAGUGAUCUCAGCUGGGACAUGAUCAGAGAAUUUACAUGGACUUCUCAACCCUCCCCGGAAAAGAGAGGCCAGGCACAGCAGACUGACUUUGGGAUACAGUGCAAAGGAAUAGAGGCAUUGAGGAAGAGCCCACACACGGCUUGUGCAGAGCUGCUGCUGUCAAACUGAUGAAGGCAGAAACUUGUGAGAGAAAACUACGUGGAAAGUUCCUCUUAAGGAGAGGAGUGGGGUUUUGUUUGCAUGUCAUGGCUUACCUCUCCUGCAAGCCCUGAAAGUGCUGUGAAACGUGAAAGGGAUCUUCAGGAGAACCAAUGGAGAAGACAGAUGACAUGCUGAACUGCCAGGAUAAGCAGGAAGAGGACACCCCAAACAGUUCCCCGUUUGACUUUGUUAUAAAACAGUUCCAAGGAAAGAGCUGUGCUCCUGAAAAAAGGAAAGAGCAGCCUUCAGCCAUCAAAAAAUUCUUCAGGGGCUUUGACUUUGGGAAAUCUGAAGGCAAGGACAGAAGGGAAAUUGAAGAAAAAGAAAUAAACAACUCUGGAGCUGAUGAUCAGAGUGAAAAGGAAGAUCUCUCUGUAGAAGAUGGACACUCACAUCUCAUUUCUGAAGCGGAGUCCCCAUCUGGUGAGCAGAGAUUUAACCAGUUCAUGCAGAAACUGGGAAAGAAACCCAACAGCAAGAAUCUUGAUCUAAAUAAUUGUGCAUUAAGUGAAGAAGAUGUAACAGAGCUGGCUUCUUUACUGCCAUUUCUCCCAGAGCUGGAAGAGAUCAGCCUGUCCUGGAAUGGUUGUGUUGGUGGGACUUUGAAGGCUCUCACUGUCCAUCUUCAUCAUGUGAACCUGUUAAAAGUCCUUCGACUUAACAACUGCAGGCUGACAGCUGAGGAUGUCAUCUCCUUAGGAGAGGCAUUUGAAAUUGUUUCUCAGCUUGAAGAACUGGAUUUGUCAUGGAACAGUAACAUAGGUGGAAAACUAUCGCUGCUGACAAAAAAAUUCCAGAAAGGAUGCAAGUUAAAAUGUCUGAAAAUUACAGACUGUAACCUGACGGCAAAGGAUGGGGAAUCCCUUGCUGAAUUUCUAAAUGUGACCCCAAACCUCGAAGUAUUAGAUCUCUCUAUCAACAAACACAUCGGCUGCAGCGUGAAGGUUAUGGCUCAGGAUCUGAAAAACGUGCCAGGCUUGAAAGAGUUAAACUUGCACAUGUGUGGAUUAAAGCAAGACAGCCUCCAGGGCUUAGACACUGCUUUGCAGCACCUCACAGAGCUGAGGAAAUUAGACAUAUCGUGUAACAGAGAGAUUGGUGGUGGCUUUAAAGACUCAACAGCUCAUCUGGCCAGCUUGAAAAAUCUGGAAGUCCUUGAUCUUCACCAGUGCUGUGUCACAGAAGAGGACAUGACCGUUUUGUCCCAGGUGAUACCUUUACUCUCCAGUCUUCAAGAGCUGAAUUUAUCCUCGAAUAAAAGCGUAGGAGUCUCAUCCGAUCCUCUUCUGGGCCGGCUCAGGUUUUUGCCAAAGCUGAAAUCUGUGGCCAUCAGCAACUGUGGUUUAGGUGAAGAGUCGCUUUCAUCACUAGCUGAGGCUGCCCUUCACCUUCCUGAACUGGAGAUAUUAGACCUUUCUUGGAAUAAGUGCGUUGGUGGGAACCUAAAGCUGCUUUUGGGAGCACUAAAGCUUGCAGCGGAGAUUCAAGUGUUAAGACUGAGCAGCUGUAACUUGGUGGCUGAAGAUUUGGCACUUCUAACAUCACUGACACAGGAUGGCCAUCUCUCCAGAUUGCAGAAGCUGGAUUUGAGUUACAAUGACAGCAUCUCUGAUGAAGGAUGGGCUGCUUUCUGUCAAGGUUUAGCAGUAUCCAAGGAACUCUCGGAGCUGGAUCUCAGCCUCCGCCCGUCGUCCUGCCGGGACUGCGGGACGUGGUUCAGUGAGUUGUUGGCAGCACUGGCACAGCUCCCUGCCCUGGCAGAGCUGGGCAUGCAGAGAUGGGUCCUUUCAGAACCCCAGAGGAAACAACUGGAAAACUUUAAUCACGACAACAAAAGAAACAUUCGCUUUGACUGUUGAUGGAGGCGGAAGGUUUCUGGGAGGCCUUUCACGAGCAGCACAUGGACCAAGUAUUAUGUGUCUCUCACUUAGGAGACUACACACUUUUUAAUAAUCUCUUGAAAUAGUUUCACAGUUAUAAAAAACUGUUAUUUAACCCUCUGCAUCAUAGAUCAUUCUAUUUAAUAACCUAUUCUUUGAGAUUCUCUGGGCCAUGCUUACGCCGCUAUGGACACUUAAUCUUCAUGGUGUGGUGAGUAGUGCCCAAAGAGCAGUGCUGGACUCAGAUGGACACACUGCAGGUUUGCCAGGGAAGUGGAGGGGAUGUGUGUUAAUGCAGGUGGGUGGGCAGCAUGAAUGUGGCCUCAGAAAAUGCCUCUAAUGUGAAAAUACUUGAAACCUCUGUGUUUUAAAUUUUAGUUUCUUCUCCCCCAAAA